AUGAGUUUCAGCAAGUCCGUAAUGGCCAUGUUCAAGGAGUUGGACACAGACGGUUCCAACAAAGUCAGCGCUGCAGAAUUGGCCACCAUGCUCAAAGAAAUGGGCAGUUCUCUGGAUAUUAAGGCAGUGGAGAGACUGGUGAAGAAGUUUGAUGCCAACGGAGAUGGUGAGCUCAGCCUGGAGGAAUUGAACAUCAUGCUGGAAGGCUGUUAA